GUCGUGCGAUAGGUUGUGCCUUCGAAGGCACUACGAUCGCUCGUGCCGGUCACCAAGACAUAUUUUCUUUGAAAUUUCGUGUAAUUGCAAAGAAAAGUGAACCUGUGAGUGAACUUCACAUAUCGAACGUGUUCAUUAGUGAAUUUAUGAGGAUUUUGUGAGCUCGGAAUUUUAUACAGAUAAUAAAACUCCGAGGCGCUACAUAUCGAAAUAUAAAUGACUACUAGAUAUUUAUAAGAACAUAUAAAAAUAUUAGUAACCGUAUUGGUUAAUAUACAUUUUUGAUAAGUAUGAGAUAUAGUUAAUAAAAGAAAGAAUAGCAAAUUACUAUUAAUAGAAAUAAAUGUAUUCAGCAAGAGAGAGCAUAUCAUCAAAUAUGGCGUUCAUAAGCAAGAAUAGUUUAAGAAUUUUGUGGACCUCAGUAGCGGCCCUAAUAUUCCUAACAAGAAGUAGUGCAGCACCUACGUUUGGCGGCACAGAUAAAGCAAUGUCUAACUAUGACAUUGACUUCCAGAUGUACUUAGCUCAAUAUGGCUACCUCAGCCCAUCUGUGAAGAAUCCCUCCAGUGGGCAUAUUAUGGAUGAAAGUUCUUGGAGACGAGCAAUUGCAGAGUUCCAGAGCUUUGCUGGAUUGAAUACGACAGGUGAACUGGAUGACGAGACGAUUAAUGUGAUGUCAUUACCAAGAUGCGGUGUUCGUGAUAAGGUGGGCUUUGGUGAAAGCCGAGCGAAGCGAUACGCACUUCAAGGCUCCAGAUGGCGUGUGAAGAAUCUAACAUACAAGAUCUCAAAGUACCCAGCAAGGCUGAAUCGCGCUGAAGUGGACGCGGAAUUAGCCAAAGCUUUUUCUGUUUGGGCUGACUACACCGACCUAACAUUUACUCAGAAAGGAAAAGGACAAGUACACAUUGAAAUAAGGUUUGAGAAAGGUGAGCACGGUGAUGGUGAUCCCUUCGACGGACCUGGUGGUACUCUUGCCCACGCCUAUUUCCCUGUGUACGGUGGCGAUGCCCAUUUCGACGAUGCGGAAGUGUGGUCUAUCAAUUCAAAACGAGGAACAAACCUUUUCCAAGUAGCCGCCCACGAAUUUGGUCACUCGCUGGGACUUUCCCACAGCGAUGUAAGAUCAGCUCUGAUGGCACCCUUCUAUAGGGGCUAUGACCCCGCCUUCCAGUUGGACCAAGAUGAUAUUCAGGGGAUUCAGGCUCUAUACGGGCACAAAUCCCAAAUCGACAUCGGAGGUGGUUUCUCCCAAAACCCGAAAAUCCCUCGCGCUACAACUCAACAGCCGGCAUCAGAAGAUCCCGCUUUGUGUUCCGACCCCAGCUUUGACACCAUCUUCAACUCCGCUGACGGCGCUACAUUUAUUUUCAAAGGCGAACACUAUUGGAAGCUAACAGAAAACGGAGUAGCAGCUGGCUAUCCUCGCCUCAUCUCUCGGGCAUGGCCUGGUCUCCCUGGCAACAUCGAUGCUGCCUUCACAUACAAGAACGGGAAAACCUAUUUCUUUAAGGGAUCUAAGUACUGGAGGUAUAACGGACAGAAAGUGGACGGUGACUAUCCCAAGGACAUUAGUGAAGGCUUCACAGGUAUCCCAGAUAACAUAGAUGCAGCUUUAGUCUGGUCUGGUAACGGCAAGAUUUACUUCUACAAAGGCUCCAAGUUCUGGAGAUUCGACCCAGCGCAACGGCCACCUGUUAAAUCCACUUAUCCAAAACCCUUAUCCAAUUGGGAGGGAAUACCAGACAAUGUGGACGCGGCUCUGCAGUAUACUAACGGAUACACGUACUUCUUCAAGGGUGGCACGUACUGGCGAUUCAAUGAUAGAACUUUCAGCGUGGACACAGACGAUCCAGCGUUCCCCAGGUCAACAGGUUACUGGUGGCUGGGCUGCAGCAGCUCCCCACGAGGGACUGUCGGAGGUAACGCCAGACUCAUUGUUCCACCCGCUGAUGAUGAAGACGUCGGAGAUAUACUCUUCGACGCAGGUGUAAAAUCAUCCGCUCCCAGAUCGUUCUUCUGGUUCAGGAAAUAAGUGGAUGUUCCUGAAAUGUACAUAGAAAUAAAAGACUCAAUUAGUUGUAGGGGAAAUGAAAACCAGUGAGAUUAAUUAGCGGUGAAUUUAUACCAGAUGUCAUGUCACGCGUUCUGUAUGGAGCUCAUGAUGGGGCUGGAAAUAGCGGAUUCGUGGCGAAUUCCAAUAUCUGGACUCUGGGUCUGGCUCUGGCGGUAGCGCUAUGCUCCCGUUGCGCCUAGCACUGCUGCCAGACUGUCUCUCUGUGUUCAUCUGUCUUCUGCCAAGUGAUUAAUGCAACUGUCAAGUGUCAAACGUCACUAGUGUAUCAAACGCAUUCGAUGUAUAGUGUAUAGCGAAUGCCGUGCUGUGAUGAGUGCGAACUUUUUUAUAUCGAUGCGUGAACAAUAAUUUAAUAAAAGUCAUAGUUUUUAUACUUAAUAAAUAGAUGAUGUAAGCUUGUGUGUGAUAUUGACGUUAGUGAUUUUGUAUUAAAAUUUAAACCAUUUAAAUGAC